AUGCCUCCUCAAAACUUCAACUCCUAUGUCGCAAGUCCGUCUCCUGUCUCUCUUUGUGAGAUUAUCAAGCUUGAACCAGAUAAAGAGCCAUGGUGUGCCGGUUAUGCUCCUUCACAGGGUCGUCGCUGUCAUGCUCGCACAAAUGCACGCGGUCGCAGCUCUGCAAUGAUGCUCCUUAACGAGGGUACCAAAGAUCUUCGAGCCGGUCGCAAUAUCGACGAACUACUGGAGGAUCUAGCUCUUCAUGUUUUAUGCACAAGGUUCCAUCAAAGUCAGGCAUCAAGUCUUGCAAAUCGUUGGAAACAGCAAGUCCGUACAUACCUUAACUCGCAGCUUGCCACUGCACAACCUGUAAGGUUAGAGAAGCAUUCACUACGGGGAACCUUCCUGCAGAGCACCGAGGAGAAUAUGGAGAGGCUGUCCAGUUUCCACCAAAGAAGUUUUGGUUUUCCCCGCGUCGAGGUUGCUUCUCAUUCCGCAUCGAAUAUUGUGAACCCUACAGUCCACCUGAAUAGUGGAAAUGCGCGAGAAAGUAUUAUUUCCAGUACUGGAAGAAACGUAUCGAGCAGAAUUACUCCUUCGGCGAAUUUUGAACCUGCAACAGUGAGGAGACACUCAUCAAUAUCUACCAAUCAGGCAGGAAUCAGUGUACCUCGACCAACCCGGCCUCAAGUCAGUCGUCAAACAAGGGCAGUCUCUGUUCCUACAACUGUGGUCCAUGUUUCUAGCACCACUGAAGAGCGUGAAAGUCAGAAUGAGACCUCUCGGGUCAAGCGCCGUGAGAUUGGGGGAGAAUGUGGUAUCUGUUUGUGUGAUUUGAAAAUUUCUCAAGGAGCCCUGGAAAGGGAUGAGCACGAGAGCGAGUCCACUCUCCACCAGAACCACGAUGAUGAGUUGGUCUGGUGCAAAGCAACUUGUGGUGUCAACUUUCACAAGCAAUGCAUUGACCAAUGGCUACCCACAGCCCAUGCUCCUACUUGUCCGACAUGUAGGAGUGAUUGGAAACAUUGA